AGCAUCCCUUUUCCUGUUCCCCAGGAUGGGAAUCCAUGGCCUGGCCAAGCUCAUUGCCGACGUGGCCCCUGGGGCCAUCCGGGAGAACGACAUCAAGUCGUACUUCGGGCGGAAGGUGGCCAUUGACGCCUCCAUGAGCAUCUACCAGUUCCUGAUCGCUGUGCGCCAGGGUGCCGACACGCUCCACAACGACGAGGGUGACACCACCAGCCACCUCAUGGGCAUGUUCUACCGCACCAUCCGCAUGGUGGAGAAUGGCAUCAAGCCUGUGUACGUAUUUGAUGGGAAGCCCCCGCAGCUGAAAUCGGGGGAGCUGGCCAAGCGCACGGAGCGCCGGGCCGAGGCGGAGAAGCAGCUGCAGGAAGCGCAGGAGGCCGGCGAGGAGGAGAAUGUUGAGAAGUACAGCAAGAGGCUGGUCAAGGUGACCCCGCAGCACACCCAGGAGUGCAAGAAGCUGCUGGAGCUGAUGGGGAUUCCCUACGUGGAGGCGCCCGGAGAGGCAGAAGCUAGCUGUGCCGUGCUGGUGAAGGCCGGGAAGGUGUACGCAGCAGCCACGGAGGACAUGGACUGCCUGACCUUCGGCAGCCCCGUGCUCAUGCGGCACCUCACGGCCAGCGAGAACAAGAAGCUGCCCAUCCAGGAGUUUCACCUGAACCGGAUCCUGCAGGACCUGCAGCUCACCUGGGAGCAGUUUGUGGACCUGUGCAUCCUGCUGGGCUGCGACUACUGCGCCAGCAUCCGCGGCAUUGGGCCCAAGCGCGCCGUGGAGCUCAUCCGGGAGCACAAGUCCAUCGAGAGGAUCGUGCGGCAGCUUGACACCAAGAAGUACCCGCUACCCGAGAACUGGCCGCACAAGGAGGCUCAGAAGCUCUUCCUGGAGCCCGAGGUGGUGGAUCCUGACACUGUGGAGCUGAAGUGGAGUGAGCCGGAUGAGGAGCAGCUUGUGCAGUUCAUGUGUGGGGAGAAGCAGUUCAGCGAGGAGCGGAUCCGCAAUGGCGUGAGGAGGCUGAGCAAGAGCCGCCAGGGCAGCACCCAGGGCCGCCUGGAUGACUUCUUCAAGGUCACCGGUUCCAUCAGCUCAGCCAAGCGGAAGGAGCCCGAGCCCAAGGGAUCAGCCAGGAAGAAAGCCAAGCCCAGCUCAAAGCCUAGCACCACUGCAAAGACUAAAAAGUAGAAAUGAUGGGGUCAGGUGCCCACAAACCGCUGGGAUUGGGGGUUUU